UACAUCAUCCGCCCAACCUAUUAAUUAUUUAUUACCAUAGAUAAGCCAUAAAAGCACCGGUAGUGUGCAAAAUGCAACAAAUUUAUGUUGUUUUACCUUCACUUUUUUAAAAAUAAAUGAAAUGUUAAGAAAUCGUACCGCAUAAUGCCGGUACCGUUGUGCAAACACCGAACAGAUUACAUCGGACUGGAUUUUGGGGAAUCGAGAGUGUGGCGCAAUCGGGGGGAUGGGAUGCACAAACAAGAUACAAAAUUAUUAUUAGAAAGGAAGAAGGAGGACCCACCAAGGUUCCUCCGAAUCUCGACGAUACAUAUAUAAAGCCCAUCCCGGUUUAGGUGCUAUAAGUCAAUCCGCUUUUUUGGCUUAAUCAUGAAGGUGUUUGUGUGUUUGUUAGUAGUGAUUGCCGCUGCGAAGCUGAGCGAAGCUGGCUACCUUAGCGGAGGUGGAGGCUACGGCGGCGGCGGAGGCGGCGGUUAUGGAGGCGGCGGUGGAUGGAAAUCCGGAGGUGGCGGAGGCGGAUGGUCCGGCGGAGGCGGCGGAUGGAACAUUGGAAGUGGUGGUGGCGGAUAUGGAGGUGGCGGAGGCUGGAAAUCCGGCGGAGGUGGAGGAUACGGAGGCGGCGGCGGCGGCGGCGGAACCGUAAAAAUCAUUAAAGUGAUCGUACCGAGCGGCGGAGGCGGUGGAUACGGAGGCGGCGGCGGCGGUUAUGGAGGCGGCGGAUGGAAGUCUGGCGGAGGCGGUGGAUGGUCAUCCGGUGGAGGCAGUGGUGGUUGGUCAUCUGGCGGAAGCGGAUGGUCUUCCGGUGGUGGCGGCGGCAGCGGCUGGAAAAGCGGAGGAGGCAGCAGCGGCUGGUGGUAAACCACCAUAAAAAUAGCUGAACAUGUCCUUAAUAAUCAAUCUUGGGAAUUUUAUAACUUUCACUAAACUCGGGUGGUCUUCUUUUUGUCUUGUACAUACAUGUAAAUUUUUUUUUAUACAUACAAUAUGUUGUAAUAUACGCAUAUAUUUUUUAUAUUUA